GAGAGAGUGGGGGGAGAGAGAGUGAGUGGGUGGUGGUGUUGGUGUUGGUGGUGAUUGUUGAUUUGAGGUCAAACAUCAGAGACGAGAUCGAGUGAGAGUCGAUUUCAAUCACCGCUGGACAGUCGUCCAGCUAACCGUUAACCAGUCCAGCUAACCGUUAACCGCUAUCCAGUCCAGCUAACCGAUAACCAGUCCAGCUAACCGCUAAUUAACCAACUGGGCUGAUUCGAUUUAACCUCCCGAGAGGAUUCGACAGGAGAGACGUUCCGUCUCACUUGCUGUGCGAACACUUACCCCAGGCCCUCUUCCAUCGCCUGUACACAGACCGCACCAUGGCAAGUCGAGGCUGGCCCGGGCUGGCGAGGUCAAGUCAGGGGUCACAGCAGCAGCAGCAGGGCCACGUGAUCACCACACAAGCGAGUUACCCUCCACCACCCAGCGCACCACGCACGGCCAGACCACCCCCUACCCACGACGACGAUGAUGGCACUGCUGAUGAGGCCGCUGCUGCCGCUGCAGCUGCUGAUGAUGAUGAGGAUUCCUCCUCAGAGCUGCAGAGGGCCCAGCUGGGGGUGGACGAGAGGGGAGGGGCAGGGGGCGGAGCCUCGGGGACGCUGGCCAGGGUGACGCGCGUGCUCCUCUCGCUCCGUGAGUGGGCCGCGAGGAGCCAGCGAGGCGACGACUCCGGCAGUGGCGCUCGACCUGACUCGUUCCUGGAGCGCUUCCGAGGGCCCCACCUCGUCAAGGCCCCGCCCACCGGCACCUCGUCAGCCGCCACCGGAACCUCGUCGGUCGGAGCCACGCCUCACGGGGGCGGAGGGAAGAGCAAGCGAAGCCUCGUCAGGGUAUCGUGGAGUUUGGUGGAGCUGAACUGCAACAGCUGCAACAGCAACCCGGGGGCGGAGAAGAAUGAAGGAGAUAAUAAUGGCGACAAGAAUAAUGAAGGAGAUAAGGAGAAUGAAGGAGAUAAGGAGAAUGAAGGAGAUAAGAAGAAUGACGACAAGAAUGAAGGAGAUAAGAAGAAUGACGACAAGAAGAAUGAAGAAGAUAAGAAGGUUGCUCCAAAGCGUGAGCUGAUCGUGUUGGACCCUGCAGGCAACACUUACUACAACUGGCUCACCAUCAUCAGUAUACCUGUCAUGUACAACUGGUGCAUGCUCGUGUGCAGGUCUUGCUUCGACGAGCUGCAGAGUGAUCACGUGGUGCUGUGGCUGGUCCUCGAUUAUUUGUCGGACCUCAUCUACCUGGGAGAUACAUUCGUGCGGUUCCGUACAGGCUUCCUAGAGCAAGGCCUUCUCGUGCGAGACUCCGUGAAGCUACGUGCGCGCUACACACGCACGCUCCAGUUCAAGCUCGACGUGCUGUCGCUCCUCCCGACGGACGCCGCCUACCUCGCCCUGGGCCUGAGCCACCCGGAGGUGCGCCUCAACCGCCUGCUGCGAUUCGCGCGCAUGUUCGAGUUCUUCGACCGCACGGAGACGCGGACGGGCUACCCGAACGUAUUCCGCAUCGCGAACCUGGUGCUCUACAUCGUGGUGAUCAUCCACUGGAACGCGUGCGUGUACUUCGCCAUCUCGAGGGCCGUGGGGUUCGGCUCCGACACCUGGGUCUACCCGAACGCGUCCGACCCCGAGAACGGGCGCCUCGCCCGCAAGUACAUCUACAGCCUCUACUGGUCGACGCUGACGCUGACGACCAUCGGCGAGACCCCUCCGCCCGUGCGGGACGCCGAGUACGCUUUCGUGGUGGUCGACUUCCUCGUCGGAGUGCUCAUCUUCGCCACGAUCGUGGGAAACGUGGGCGCCAUGAUCUCCAACAUGAACGCGUCGCGAGCUGACUUUCAGGCGAGGGUUGACGCCGUGAAGCAGUACAUGCAGCUGCGUGGCGUCACAAAGGAGCUGGAGGCACGCGUCAUCAAGUGGUUCGACUACCUGUGGAGUAACAAGAAGGCCGUGGAGGAGCGAGAGGUGCUCAGGAACCUCCCAGACAAGCUCAGGGCGGAGAUCGCCAUCAACGUGCACCUCGACACGCUCAAGAAGGUUCGAAUCUUCGCCGAUUGUGAGGCUGGCCUCCUGGUGGAGUUGGUGCUGAAGCUUAGGCCCGUGGUGUACAGCCCUGGGGACUACAUAUGUCGCAAAGGAGAUAUUGGGAGAGAGAUGUACAUCAUUAAGGAGGGCAAGCUUGCGGUGGUGGCCGACGACGGCGUCACGCAGUUCGUGGUGCUCAGCGACGGCGCCUACUUCGGCGAGAUCAGCAUCCUGAACAUCCGCGGCAGCCGCUCGGGCAACCGGCGCACGGCCAACAUCCGCAGCGUCGGCUACUCGGACCUCUUCUGCCUCUCCAAGGACGACCUCGUGCAGGCGCUUACCGAGUACCCCGACGCCAAGGCCAUGCUGGAGGAGAAGGGCCGGCAGAUCCUCGCUCGCGACAACCUCAUCGACGAGGAGGACGAGGCCGGCGGUGCCGCUGGUGCCGGCGGGGCGGAGGCGAGGCCCCUCGGCGUGGAGGAGCGAGUGGGCCGGGUGGACGCCGCGGUAGAGACGCUCCGCACGCGCUUCGCCCGCCUGCUGGCCGAGUACAGCGCGGGCCAGCGGAGGCUGAAGCAACGGAUCACUCGGCUGGAGGAGAGGGCGCGGACGGCGCAAGCGGUGCCGCUGGGGCACGGGGACAGCGCCGGGGAGGGCAGCGGCGAGGAGGAGGAGGAGGGGUGGGUGGGGGGGGGACCUGCCGGAAGCUCGCCGCUCGGCCGCUCGUGGACCCGGGCCUCCCCCAAAGGGGACCUUCGGGGUGGCGGGAGCGCACGGAGCCGCGGCCGCGGGGCCCUCUCCGCCCUGCCAGGGACGACGAGGCCCCGGCGCGUCCGCGGGGACGAGCCGCUGCUACUGGAGGCGGAGCUGGGACAAGCGGCGCCGCCACCGGCCGCCACCCACGAAGGGAGAUCGGCCCCUCGGGUCGCGAGCUGGGCGGCCUCGGCGGCCCUCCUCUGUGCGAGGUCUUCGGCCCAAAAACCGCCCCAAGACGCGCCGGGCGGUGCCGGGCGGUGCCGGGCGGUGCCGGGCGGUGCCGGGCGGUGCCGGGCGGUGCCGGGCGGUGCCGGGCGGUGCCGGGCCCCGGGCAAGCUCACCGAGGUCCCCGACCGGCGCCUCGCACGGCCGCGGUCUCCCUGGCGGGGAUGGGACGGGCACGGACCUGGGCCUCCUCGCUUUGCCUCGGCCGGGGAAGCGACGGGGGCCCUUCGACCGUGUGGGCCGCGGCUAAGCUGGAAGGAGGCCGCUCGCCUCGCUAGGGGGUUCGGGCCGGCCUUCAGGCCCGCGGGCGCGGCUCCUACAGUACGGGCGGGCUUGUCGAGGGCGCCGAAAGUAGAUCAGCGGCCCGGCGUCCCCCCGGCCGAGGCCGGUGGGCCCUGGGCCCGCCGCUGA